AUGGCACAGCUAUUGUCUGGCACGGCACAUUUAUCCGUCGCAAGCGCUUACAAAUACCCAGCACUUAGCGAUAGCGAGGCUUCUGACAGCGAGCCUCAAAUCCCGACGGCGCGAUCCUCACGAAGUUCGCGAUCGGCUUUCGACAAUGCGCCUAGUGUGCCAAGCGAUGACGAAGUCGAGGCCGAACCCCAACCCGUUACUGCCAAUGGAGGCAGCGAGGUCGAUGAGGACGAAGACGAGGACGAUGAGGAUCUCGAAGAAGAUGUGUAUAUUGUCGAAGCCAUCAAAAACCACAUGAUCGAUGACGAUGGCAGCCUACGGUUUCAGGUGAAGUGGGAAGGCUACGAGUCCAAGAAGGACCUAACUUGGGAACCCGAAGAGAAUCUGGAGGAAUCUGCUCAGGAAAUCCUGGACGCAUAUUUUAAGAAGUUCGGUGGGCGACAAAACAUAUUCGAGCAAACAGAAAAGGCAUCGAGGGGCAAGAAGCGGGGGCGAGGAGGUUCAAAUUCGGCUGGCACGUCAGCAAAACGAUCAAAAAAGAACGGCACACAUCCUGUCGAUUCAGCGCCGCCUGCCGCAGCCAAGGUGUGGCAACCGCCAGCGGGUUCCUGGGAGGACGAAAUCGAGACUAUCGAUGCUUGUGAGGACGAAGGCAGUGGAAAGCUGGUGGUGUAUCUGAUUUGGAAGAAUGGCAAGAAGACGAAGCACGAGACGCCGGUGAUAUAUAAGAAAUGCCCUCAAAAGAUGCUUCAAUUUUACGAGCGGCACGUCAAGAUUAUCAGGGAUGAUGUCAAGAUGUGA